AUGACAAUUUUACCGAAUAAUACCAUAGCGAAUCGUCAUAGUGAAGAAGCCAAAACUACACAGACAAAAAGUGAUAAUAAUGAUGGAUCACCAACACGUACAUACAGACACAGAAAAAGACACAGAGAACACAAACACGAACCAAAAAGGGACAAAAUAAGCCCUAAAAAGGAAUUUGACAACAACCAAAUCAAUCCUCAAGAAGAACCUUCCAAUACAGGCUACAACAGUGAAGACGAAUACGAUUUAAGCUGCAAAGACAAACUAGAAGAAUGGCAGAAAAAAGACGAAUCAUUUUCCCAAGCCUUAUCAAAUUUGGGCUGGCAAAUUAAACCAAUAAACGAAGACGGCGCUUGCCUGUUUCGUUCGAUCGCAGAUCAAAUCUAUAACAAUCAAGAAUUGCAUUUCAAAGUACGACAAGAAUGUAUGGAUUACAUUGUACGAAACCGGGCUCGUUUCGAACCUUACAUUACAGAGGAUUUCGGCAAAUACGUUGCUAGAAAACGCCAGUGGUUUGUCCACGGCAACCACUUGGAAAUCCAAGCGAUGAGCGAAUACUACAAUCGCACGAUCGAAGUUUACUGCUACAAAAUCCAACCGAUUAAUAUAUUUAAUUUUUCCCCACACUCGCACAAACCAAUAAGAUUAUCUUAUCAUAGAAUGUGCCAUUACAAUUCUAUUAUAGACCAGCUACUCAUAGAACAAACAAUGUUCGAAGACAAACUAAAAGCUACUGAUUGGGAAGCUACAAAUGAAGAAAUUGAAGAGCAAACUGCUAGAGAAAGUUAUAGACAAUAUUUGCAAGACAAUAAUGGUAAAAAAGACGAUUUCGAUCAGAUUAUGGCAAAAGUUUUGGCCGAAUCACAACAAACUUAUUUGGACGAGUUACGCAACAAAGGACCAUCCACUUCUUACAAUAACAAUAAUUAA